ACCAGACAUGGCUUGUUAUUCAGUCGCCGUGGCUGUGACAGACGUCUAACCGCGCACACUGGUAGUUUCUACCAGCAGGACGUGUUUCAGGAUUACUAAACAACUAUUUCAUUUAACCUUCAGUCAACAGAGAACGUAAACAACAACAGGAAGAAGAACGACAGUGACGCCACAGUUUUAGAUUACGGUCCGUAAAGUCCUCGCCAGUUCGCCGCGUAGACCCACCUGCGCCUGCAGCGGCGACCCACCACGUCCCCGGGCUCGGAUCUCUCUAAAGGGACAGACACAACCAGGCAGAAGGAUGAAACUCUCUCACGCUUUGGCCGCGCUCAUCAUCGCCUGGUCUGCGGUUUUGGGUUGCAUUCAGGCUGUUACUCUUGAGGUGAACAAUGGGAACUCCACCUGCAUUAAGGCUGAGCUCUCUGCAUCGUUCUCCAUCACGUACAACACCUCCAGCAGCACGAGAACAGUGCAGGUCCCUCUGCCUGACUCCACCACGGUUGAUUCAGGCAGCAGUUCAUGUAGCACAGGCGACAGAUCACCAUGGCUGGUGGCGGUGUUUGGACCCGGCCACGCACUUGGGUUGAGCUUUUCAACCAAUGGAAGUCUGUACAGUGUUACUAACCUGACGCUGCAGUACAACCUCAGUGACACGUCCAUCUUCCCUGAGGCUAACAGCUCUGAUGUGGUCACUGUGGUAUCACAGUCAGUUGGGAUCUGGGCGACGAUCAAUACCACCUACCACUGCGUGAGCCCCACCACUAUUGGAGUGGGUGGAGCAACAGUCACUUUCUCUGAUAUGAGGCUGGAGGCGUACAUGCCAGGAAAUGACCUGAGUCCAACAGAAAGCGUAUGUACGGCAGAUCAGGGCAGCACUACAGCUCCACCUACCACUGCCCGUACUACAACAACCGUAUCUCCAGCACCAACCCCUCCUGGAACACCAGAGCGGGGAACCUACUCUGUAAUCAAAGGCAACAACACUGUAUGUCUCCUGGCCCAAAUGGGACUGCAGCUCAACGUCUCCUAUUUUUCUCUAUCUCAGAAUAAGACUAUCCAAGAAUUAGUCAACCUGACUCCCAAUCUGACAAGUUCAUCAGGAUCAUGUGAAGCCAACAGUGCUUCCUUGGUUUUGACACAGGAGCGGACCACCACGCUCAACUUCACCUUCACUCUGAACUCCACGAGCAGCAAGUAUCACCUGAGUGGGAUAACUCUGCUUGCCAAUUGGUCUGAUGCAAUUGCUACCAUCACAGCCGGUAACACCAGUCUGGACUACCUGCGGAGUACGCUGGGCCGCUCCUACAUGUGUAACGCAGAGCAAACUCUGGCUGUGGUGCCAACCUUCUCUCUCAACACAUUCAGACUGCAGGUCCAACCCUUUGAAGUCACUACCAACCAGUUUGCUACAGCGGAGGAGUGUCAGAUGGACCAAGACCAGAUGCUCAUCCCCAUCAUUGUUGGAGCAGCCCUUGCCGGCCUAGUGCUGAUCGUCCUUAUUGCAUAUCUAAUAGGCAGGAAGAGGAGCCACGCUGGAUACCAGACCAUCUGAAUGGACCCUUCAUUUUACUUAAACCUGACUGAACAGUGGAGAGAUAAACUCGAGUGUGUGAGCGAGCAAGUAAUAGAGUGGACACGAGCAUUAGUGAAUGAAAAUAAUUGAGUAGUUUCUCUGUGGCGAGUGCAUGUUUUUAUCCUAUGUGACCUCUGGAUAUUUUUAUUUUAUUUUUUCUGUGAGAUGAUGAUGAGAAGCCAAAGACCUGCUAGUUUUAGAUCAUUUGCAUCUUGUGUGACGGACCGAGCCCUAACAAAGCAAGGAUGGCGGCAGUUUAAAUUUGCCGUAUGUAGCAAGUACACCAUCUGCUGUUUAUUGUUGUUCCAUUAAGUUCUAAGAAUUGGUUGAAUUUGCUUGAACUGCUGUUUGUUGUUUUUUUAGCAAUGUUAUUUAUA